CGUCACUGCUUGGUAACCUGCUACCGAGAAACAGGGAGAGAGGGAGUUAGGAGAGACAAAGGGAAGUAAGAAGAGAUUUGUGUCGGUGUUGAAGUUUAUAACUUCAGUCUGUACAGUGUGGCUCCACACAGACCCACAUCAGCAUGGGGAAGAAAAAAGAGGAUCAAGAACAGCAGCAGUCUGAAUAUGGAGAGCCAACACAAUUUGACCCAAAAUUUAAUGGACCCAUUCACAACAGGAGCUGCACUGAUAUCAUCUGCUGCAUCCUUUUCAUGCUUGUCCUCGUCGGAUACAUGGUGGUUGGAAUUCUGGCGUGGCUUUAUGGCGACCCGCGGCACGUCCUUUACCCACGCAACUCCACUGGCAUGUUCUGUGGCCUCCCACCCAAUGAGAAUAAGCCGAAUGUGUUUUACUUCAAUAUCCUAAAAUGUGCCACAGCGACAAACAUCAUGGCCGCCGCACUUCAGGGCCUCCAGUGUCCCACCACUCAGAUCUGCGUGAGUUCGUGUCCUAAUAAUUUCUGGUCUCUGGACCCUCAAGCCUACAUUUCUAAAACUUCAGACUUAAAGAAUUACUUUAAACAGGAACUGUGUGUGCCGUCCUUCAACCUCAACACCAACACACUUACAGCAACGGAGAUCAUUAACAGGGAGCUGUGUGCAUUCUUCUACACACCUACCUCUCCAGUGUUGGGAAGGUGUUUACCCACUUUAGGCCCGGUGUAUAAUAACAUCCCCAGCAACUUCAGUCUCUACGGCAUGACGUCCAAUCAGACUGUGAAUAUGAUCAAGAACGCUACGGGUGACGUUGUGGGUGGGUUUAACGCCCGAGACGUGGGCGUCCGCAUCUUCGCAGACUUUGCUUCGACUUGGCAGUGGAUCGUUCUAGGACUAGUGAUAGCGAUGGUCAUCAGUUUGCUGUUCCUCAUUCUGUUACGCUUCUUGGCGGCCAUCUUGGUGUGGGUCCUCAUCAUUGGAGUUCUGGCAGUAGGAGCAUUUGGUAUCUGGUACUGCUAUAACGAGUAUGCGUUGUUGGCUAACUCCACUCUGACCUACAAUAACGUCGGCUUCACCACCAACGUCAAUGUGUACCUGCAGAUCCGUGACACGUGGCUGGCCUUCUUGAUCAUUCUCUGUGUGGUGGAGGCGAUUCUCCUCUUGACUCUCCUCUUCCUCAGAACUCGAAUUCUCAUCGCCAUCGCUGUUAUUCAGGAGUCCAGCAAGGCAGUGGGCUACAUGAUGUCAACGCUGGUUUUCCCAAUAAUCACCUUUGUGAUGCUCCUUGUGUGUGUCUCCUACUGGGGCAUCACAGCUCUUUAUCUGGCUACAUCCGGAGGCCCGGUGUACAAUGUUGUAGCUUUGAACUCUUCAGAGGCCGGCUGCAGCUCCAUCAACGGCAGCCAGAGCUGUGACCCAACGACGUUUAACAGCUCGGCGUAUGGUAGCUGUCAGUCUGCGCGCUGUGUGUUUAUAAAGUACAACACGGACGGACUGUUCCAGAGGAACCUCUUUAACCUGCAGUUGUAUAACGUAGUGGGCUUCCUGUGGUGCGUCAACUUCGUCAUCGCUCUGGGACAGUGCACGCUCGCCGGAGCCUUCGCCUCCUACUACUGGGCCUUCCACAAACCCUCCGACAUCCCAUCAUGCCCUCUGAUCUCCUCCUUCAUGAGGGCGCUGCGGUAUCACGUCGGCUCUCUGGCGUUCGGGGCUCUGAUUCUCACUCUAGUGCAAAUAGUGCGCAUCAUUCUGGAGUACAUUGACCACAAGUUCAGAGAGGUUCAGAACCCCUGUGCUCGGUUUCUGAUGUGUUGUCUGAAGUGCUGCUUCUGGUGUCUGGAAAAAUUCAUCAAGUUCCUCAACAGAAAUGCUUACAUCAUGAUCGCCAUUUACGGCAAAAACUUCUGCGUCUCGGCCAAAAACGCCUUCUCCCUGCUCAUGAGGAACAUCAUCAGGGUGGUCGUGCUGGAUAAAGUCACUGACCUGCUGCUGUUCUUCGGCAAACUGCUGGUGGUGGGAGGAGUGGGUGUCUUGGCGUUUUUUUUCUUCAGCGGUAGGAUCCCGAUUCCCAACUCGUCCUUCACAGCUUCAUCACUCAACUACUACUGGAUGCCCAUCAUCGCGGUAGUGUUUGGUGCGUAUCUCAUUGCGAGUGCGUUCUUCAGCGUCUACAGCAUGUGUGUGGACACACUCUUCCUCUGCUUCUUGGAGGAUCUGGAGAGGAACGACGGCAGCGCUGAGAAACCCUACUACAUGUCCAAGAACCUGAUGAAGAUUCUGAACAAGAAAAACAAACAGCCCAAAAAAUGAACCUUCACUUCCUGCUCCACUAAAAUCCUGUCACAUGACCAAUCAGGUCCUCUACCUGCUCCUACACAGUGCACUUUAACCUCCUUUAUUAGCAUUUAUUGUUUUAGCGUUCAUCAAUUUUUUAGCAUUCAUUUAGCCCCCGUUAUUCAUGAAAUGUAACACUUACUAAAGACUAAUCCCAGACUCAACACCUAACCGUCCAGCUCAACUUUUACCUUCACUUUCAGGGCGUUUUAUUAGCAUAUGCUUAACAUUAGCAUGUUUCAACCUUCAUUUCGAACAACUAAUGGUUCAAAGACUAAUCCCAGACUCAACACGUCUUGCCAGUGUCUCUCUAAACAUCAGAGAGAAUUUGUUUGCUUUAGUAGGAUAUUUGAUUUUAGCUGUAAGACUUGUUUAACAUUUGAUUAGCAUGUUUUUCUUUUAUUGUUUUAGCAUUAGCAGCUACCUUCACUCAAUGUAUUCAGCUUUUAAAGACUAAAAGAAAUCCAAGACCAAAUGCCCUUUGGAGCAAAGUGUGUUUUAUACAUUUUUUUUUUUUUUAAAGAACAUUUUUUAGCAUUUGUUAGCAAAGAUUUAUGUACCAUAGUUUAUAUAGUUGCAUAGAAUUAUGUACCAGGGUACAAAACUGACACUCCUGGAAAACUUAACACUUAACACGCAAAAUACUAAUCCCAGACGUAACGUUUUACACAGACGCUGGUUAGACGUGUGAAAUGAGGUGUGGUUAUUACCCAGGUUCUUUUUGAACUUGCUAACAUUUAGCCUUGCUUAACGAAAUAUAAAUUUAAACAGUUGUGACGGAUUAAACCAAAGAUGAGUAACACUAACCCCAAAUUUAACAUACACAUGCACACACACUUAACCAGUGUUUGUCUAAAUGUUGGUCCAAGCCAAAUGUAACCUUCAUCCCUAGAAAUUAUGAUUAGCAUGUUUCCUUUUAAAGCUUGAUUAGCAUUAGCCUCCGCACUUUUAAGUUUAUCUAUGUGAUUUAUCCAGCAAACACUCCCUCAAAACUUAACACACACAACCAGUUUGUCUAAAUGUCAGAGAAAGAUAAACUUGGCCUUAGCUAUACAAUUGAUUUAACAAACGCUCCCCAAAGACUAAUCCCAGACUUCUUAACACAGCUAUCUCUGGAAAAUGCUGUUAUUUUAAGCCGCGGGGCAGCGAGUCUGAAACACGUGAGUGAGGAGGCCAUGUCCUAGUGUGUGUGUGUGUGUGUGUGUGUGUGUGUGUGUUUGAGGUUCCAUGUUGACAUGAAAGGGUUUUAUAUUUUGUAUUGAAGUGUGUGUGUGUAUACAGAUGAUUUAGCCGAGUGCCUCCAAGGUUCCGUUUAUACAUGAAUACAUUAAUAUUUGCAUGACAGGCAUUUUGAAUGGCGAUUCUUUCUAACUGUGCCGAUCGUUUUUAUAAACCCAACAAAGCCAUAACACUGAUUUUUAUCGUCUGCAGCUUUUAGUGCCAGGAGGAAGUUGAACUUUUGAACAAAGAAAAGAUGUUUAUUUGAAAUCCGUCAAAAAGUGAUACUUUAAAAUGUAUAAAUAUAUUUCUAUAACAAUUCUAUAUGAAUGACUUUAUAGCUGAUUUCUAUGAGCAGAGUGUAUUUCUACAACUGUGAAUAAAGUGUUGAAUAUAAACGCCGGGGUGUUGGUGGUGUGUGUCCUGCGUGGUGUCCCGUCCGGGGUGAAGGCAAGACCUUACUGAACAUGAAGGAAGGGAUGAAUAAUAAACAACACGACGGAAUAGACAGGAAGAGAGAAAAGAAUAAAAGCACAGAAUAGGCACUGGGAAAGAGUUAAAAAGAAUAGAGACGAUUAGAAAAGAACAGAGUGGAACUGGACUAAAAAGGAAGGAAGAAAGCAUGAAAUGUUAGAAUAGAACAAUAAACAAUGAAUUAUAAAAGAGCUGAAAAUAACCGAAACCAGGAAUACACACACAUUUUAAUAGAUACAGUACUGUGCAAAAGUGUUAAGGCACAUGUAAAGCAAUGCUGUAGAGUAAGAUCCCUGAAAAAUACUACAGAAGCAGUGAACAGUGAUAAAACAAUGUCUCCUGUAUGGUGAGGACUUUUUAAAAAGCGUGGUCUCAGGUGGCGUGUGUGCGGUUUUAUAGGGAAACGAGCUGUGAGUGUUACUGAGACUCACAGAAUCAGACUCGGUUCUUCUGGAGACUCUGACUCACACUCGCGUCUUAUUCCUGCGGCGGAACCCAGCAGUUCACCGGGUUUUGUUUUUUACAGUCUGAAAAGUGUCUCUUACGUGACACGCCGCUUUCUUUUUAAUAUACAAACAUGUUUCCGUAACAUUACAUUUUGUGCUGGAAAACUAAUGUUUGGGAAUCGAAAAUGUUUCUGUACCGACUCGAUAAUGUAGAGAAAAUAAAAUGAAAAUCUAUAACGGAGUUUUAGGGGGCGGUGCCAAAGACUUUUGCACGGCACUGUAAAAAAAAAAAAAUCGUAUCAAAUAGAACCAAAGAGCAAACUAGAAAAAGACAGGAUCGAACAGAAUGUAAAAUAACAAACGAAUAUAAAAUCUUUCAUCUCAGAAAUAUUUCUAAAAUAAGAAACAUAUUGUCACUACAUGAUGCAGAAAUAUUAGUUCAUGCAUUCGUCACCUCUAGAUUAGAUUACUGUAAUGCCAUACUGUCUGGAUGUUCCAGUAGGAAUAUAAAUAAGCUCCAGUUAGUCCAGAAUGCAGCUGCUAGAGUCCUCACUAGAACCACAAGAUACGACCAUAUCACAUCGACAUUAUCAGUACUGCAUUGACUCCCAGUGAAAUCUCACAUUAAUUAUAAAAUACUUUUAUUAGCCUAUAAAGCACUAAAUGGUCUCGCGCUACAGUAUCUAAGAGACCUUUUGGUUUUAUAUGAUCUGCCACGCCUACUUAGAUCAAAAGAUGCAGGCUAUCUGACGGUACCUGGAAUAGUGAAGGCUACAGCAGGGGGAAGAGCUUUCUCUUAUAGAGCCCCACAGUUAUGGAACAGUCUUCCUAUUAGUGUUCGGGACUCAGACAGUCUCAGUGUUUAAGUCUAAGCUUAAAACGUAUUCGUUUACUCAAGCCUACCCUGACUAGAUUCUGUUCUACUACUUCGCAGUCAUAAUGAUCUUUUUUCUCCCUCUCUCCUUUCGCCGAGCCCCACACGAAUUUAUGGAGAUACUAGAGAUCCAGAUCCUUUCUGCCUCUGGAUGGAGCUCAAAUCUUCUCUAAUUCCAGACUGCUGGGACUACGGCUGCUCCUAACACCAUACAGACUUCAUAUAAAUCCAUAAUGAACUUUUUCACACUAUCUGUUGUUACCCAGAUGAGGAUGGGUUCCCUUCUGAGUCGGGUUCCUCUCAAGGUUUCUUCCUCUUAAAACAUCUUAGGGAGAUUUUCCUCUCCACCGUCGCCACUCAGUGGCUUGCUCAGUUGGGAUAAAUUCACUCCUUUAAUAUCUGUAUACCGUGUUGAUAUUUCUGUAAAGCUGCUUUGAGACAAUGUUUAUUGUAAAAAGCGCUGUACAAGUAAAAUUGAAUUGAAUAAAAGAACUGAAUAGAAAUAAGCACAACAGAACAGAAACUGAGAACGGAAGAGGCUGGAAUGGAAAAGAACAGAAAAUAGAAAAUAAAUAAAUAAAACUGAACCAUAUAGAUGAGAAAAGAAGAGAACAAACCAGAACAGAAAGAAA